UUUUAAAAUUGUGCACGACAAGGGAAAACAUCUAUUCCAUCCAUGGAUAAGGAAAAACAGAAUUCAUCAUUUCUCUGUUAAAAGUGGGGUUUCUAUUGCAACAGUUCAUGUGUAAGCAGAAAAGAUUUUAAGGGCGGGUGAGAUAUGCUGCAGGGGAUUAACAUGCAGCCUUUGACAUUAUCCAGCGUGGAGUCCAGGACAUUCUUUUUCGGAGAAACAGUACAACAUGUAGGUUUUCACAGAAGAAGUCCCCGAACAAGAAGAAAACAGCAAAUGGGCUGGAAAGUGCUUGCUUCGAGUAUAGAUCCAUUAUUGGUGAAAGCAGCAAGGGGUGAGAUUGUGGAAAGGCCGCCAGCAUGGAUGAUGCGUCAGGCAGGAAGGUAUAUGGCUGCUUACAGAAAGGUUGCAGAGAAACAUCCAUCUUUCCGUGAGAGGUCAGAGACAACUGAUCUGAUUGUGGAAAUCUCUUUGCAGCCCUGGAGAGCAUUCCAUCCUGAUGGUGUAAUCAUUUUUUCAGAUAUACUUACCCCUUUGCCAGCAUUUGGCAUACAAUUUGAUAUUGAAGACAUGAAGGGUCCUGUAAUACAUACUCCUAUCCAGACAGAGGAGGGGCUGAAAGCAUUGCAUCCUAUUGAUCUUGAAAAGCUCCAAUUUGUUGGGGAGUCUCUCAGCAUUUUGCGUAAUGAGGUUGACAAUAAAGCAGCAGUUUUAGGCUUUGUUGGAGCACCAUGGACCAUUGCUACAUAUAUUGUAGAAGGGGAAACAACUAGAACAUUCACAAAAAUUAAAACUAUGUGCCAUAGAUCACCUUCUAUAUUGAGGUCUCUUCUCUCACAUCUUUCUCAAUCAAUAUCAGAUUACAUUGUAUUCCAAGUCAAUUCUGGUGCACAGUGUAUUCAAAUUUUUGAUUCAUGGGGCGGGCAGCUAACACCAGAUCAGUGGGAGCAUUGGUCAAAACCAUAUAUAAAGCAGAUUGUGAGUACAGUUAAGACUAAGUGCCCAGGUGUACCUUUGGUCCUGUACAUUAAUGGUAAUGGUGGGCUUUUAGAACGUAUGAAAGAAACAGGAGUUGAUGUCAUCGGACUUGACUGGACAGUUGAUAUGAAAGAUGGUAGACACCGGCUGGGGUCUUCAAUUGGGGUACAAGGCAAUGUGGAUCCAGCUAUACUUUUUUCUCCACUGUCAUCUAUAACAGAAGAAACUCAAAGGGUGGUCAGAAGUGCAGGGAGAAAGGGUCAUAUUUUAAACUUGGGACAUGGUGUUCUUGUUGGAACUCCAGAGGAAGCUGUUGGUCAUUUCUUUGAUGUUGCAAGAUCUUUGGUUUAUGAUACAUCAUCUCCCAAUCAUUCAGCAUGUGAAUCUUUGGUUUGACAAAGACCCCAAAAUAAGAAGUGGUUUAAACUUGUACUAAAUCUUGGUUGCAAUGAGUUGUUUGUAUGUGAUUAUUUUUCCACUUAAUUUAAUAUUGAUGAUGUCUGUAUAACUGUCUUUAACCAAAUGCUUAGCACUGGCAUACCUACGUUUGAUGGAAAGAGAAAAGAGGGAUUGGCACAACGAAUGCGCAUCAAGAACAUAUCUAGCUGGAUUUGCAUAGUUUGCUUGAACAUUUAGAAUUGUUUAAUCCUUUUGUAUUCAAGGUGAAGAGUUGUACAGGUUGUCAUUUGAAUUCUUUUGCAAUGUGACUAUGGUACAAUUACUGGGCCAAAAUGUGGCAUGAUUGAGAUUAUGGGUGAAUUUCAUAACAGGUGUGUUUUGUUUGAAAAAUCUGUUCUGAAGUUUUGCGAGAAUAUUUCUUCUUACAAACCAGACUAUUUUCACAGUGGAAAGCAUUACAAUUUACAGCUAAACCACAGCUGAAGGGACAUAGCAAGAACAUGCAUCAUUGGUAAAAUCCCAUAUGGUUCCAUGGGCAAUAGGAUUUGUCUUACCAGAUUGAGUUGAAACAUACAUGAUGUUACUCCAUAGGCCUUAUGUAAGACAGGUGAAGUUGUGCUAAUAUUUUUUCUUUUUUAAUGAUGGAAUCUAUGUUCGCA